AUGCUGCAAACUGGCAUCUCGGAGGCCAUCAUUGAGGGUUGUUCCAGGGAUGAGAGCUUAGCCCAGGACAAUGGCAAGAAGGAAAAAGGAGGAGAGAAGGAGGCCUCGGAGAAGAAAGUGGUCUGCACUGGAGAACUUAAGUGGUAUCCUUGCCCUUCGUUGGUCCGCUGCAUCAAAGGUUGCGAGCCUUUUGGAGGUGACAAUUAUUGCGAUCCGGUCAACAACCGAGCCUUUUGCAACUAUGACGACGGAGAUUGUUGUGUCUCGACGGUGAAGACCAAAAAGGUCAUCCCAUUCCCCAUGUCUUGCGACCUGCAGGGAGAAUGUGCUUGCUUAGAUCCCAAUGCUGAAGAGCACAAUCAACAAGACCACCGUGGCUUCAACUUUGCCUAACGCCAUGCGUUAAGGCACAUCAGAGAGAGAGAGAGAGAAAGAAAGAGAGAGAGAGAGACAGAGAGAGAGAAAGAGAAAGUGCUUCCCCGCCAGCGGCAGGCAAGGAGACGCACCAUUCCACCUCUACGUUUUACCAGUAUCAUUUAAAAAAAAAAAAAAAAACAAGCUGCUCAAACUCUCACCAGGUGUCGUUUCCACGCCAGGGGCAUUUAUAGACUGCACCCAGUUCUGCCUUCCAUUUUCUUCCCGCGAGGAGACCCAAAACUCUGGCGGAGGGAGUUUGUGUGUGUGUGUGUGUGUGGGAAACGGGGGCGAGCCGGGUUAUUUGUAUUAAUUGUAUCUUAACUAGCGAGAACAAGCAAGGCCGCCCCAAAAGUGGACUUUCCAGGGCGGGCCUUUUUAGGGGGGGUGGGGGUUA